GGCAAGGCAAGCUCGGCACGUGCGAGAGAGGCCUGUUAAUGGCGGCAAUACGAUCUUACUAUCCCCUUCCCGCGUUGGGUUCUCAAAAUCUCCGCUUUUCCUCGGCUCAUUCUGUAUCUUCCUUCUCCGCUUCAAAUUUUGCAUAAACGCCGCCACUGUUUGAAGCUUUUGUUGGUUUGGUUCGUUCGCUGUAGCUUGUACAAGUAGAUGAUUCAACAACUAGGAAGUGGUUAUUGUUCCUCAAACUGAUACCAUUAUAAUUUAAGAAAUGGCUGGUCAAUCAGAUCCUCACCUGGCCCUAUUUUCUGCAGAAGAGGUUGAAUUUGUAGCUGAAGAUGAACUGGUGGAGAUUGUUCCUAACAUGAGAAUGGAUCCUCUCCAUUUGAUUUGUGGGGAUUAUGGUCCGUUCUAUCCCCAAAUAGCAGCUGAAGUUCCAUUGUGGCUAGCGAUUGCUCUGAAGAAAAGAGGGAAAUGUGCAAUUAGGUCUCCAGAGUGGAUGUCUGUGGAAAAGCUGACACAAAUUUUGGAGGCAGAACGAGAGUCUCAAGGAGCUUUCCAGAUACUACCCUUCCAUUACGUGGAAAUAUCGAAACUUCUUUUUGACCAUGCACGAGAUGACGUUCCGGACAUGUAUUUGGUGAGAUCUCUUAUUGAAGAUAUUAGGGAUGUUAGGUUUCACAAAGUUGAAACCAGCUUGGAGUCAAUUGAUACACGCACAUCUGCAGUGAAGAUUAAAGAUCUUUCUGCCAUGGAGGUGAAUAUAGUUCGACCAUUUGUUGGUAGAGCCCUGCAAGCAAUCUACAAGCACGGGAAUCCGGAGUUGGUCCCAGAUCAAGAAAGGAUGACCAAUGUGCAGCCUCAAGGACACGAUCCCGGACAAAGACGGCCUCUUCGGAGACGGUAGAGCCUGAGUCAAUCUUGAUAGGUACGUUUUUUGUUUUUAUCGGAAGCAGUACUAAAUGAAGCCAGCACGGAUUCUUCUUCAAAACCAAGCUAAACUCUCUUCUAAAUCAUCUUUUAUUGCUAGAAAGUACAACAGACCUAUAAUGCUUAUUGUAGAUUUGUAAGAAUUAUAUGCUAACUGGAUGUAUAUGGAUCCAUGUAGUGAUAAUUGUUCUCAGUAGAUGAAAGGCUCAAACCUUCCUGUAUCAUUUUACAGAAAUGUUAAUACCGUUCAGCUGCUCACAUUAUUUGAUAAGUGUCUCCAAUAUUA